AUGCUUAAUAGGGUUGGUAAUGUGGCUUAUGAGUUAGAGUUUCAAGCAAAACAAGUAGCGGUUCAUCCAGUCUUUCACAUUUCCUUGUUGAAGAAGUGUGUAGGUGAUCCGGCAUCCAUAGUACCAUUAGAGAGUGUGGCUGUGAAGGAUAGUCUCACUUAUAAAGAGGUUCCAGUUGAGAUCCUUGAACAUCAGGUUCGUAGGUUGACAAAUAAAGAAGUCGCUUCAGUGAAGGUUUUGUUGAGGAGUCAAUCCGUAGAGGGAGGUACUUGGGAAGCAGAAGCAGUUAUGAAGGACAAGUACCCUCAUUUAUUUCCUUCCAAUUCCAUUUCAGCUUCAGUUAAUAGUUCCUUUCUAGUCUCUCAGUUUACUCUUGCAUAA